UUAUAGAGACUCAUGGAGCCAGAAGCUGGAAACAACAGGACGGCUAUUACUGAACUAAUUCUACUAGGCCUGGUGGAUACAGAAAAGCUGCAGCCUGUGGUCUUUGUACUCUUCCUCCUUGCCUACCUGCUCACAGUUGGGGGCAACCUCAGCAUCCUGGCGGCCAUCCUGGUGGAGCCCAGACUCCACACCCCCAUGUACUUCUUCCUGGGGAACCUAUCAGCUCUGGAUAUUGGAUGUGUCACUGUCACUGUUCCUGCAAUGUUGGGUCGUCUCCUGUCCCAUAAGCGUACAAUUUCCUAUGAAGCCUGCCUCUCCCAGCUCUUCUUCUUCCACCUUCUAGCUGGUAUGGACUGCUUCCUAUUGACAGCCAUGGCCUAUGACCGAUUCUUGGCCAUCUGCCGACCUCUUACCUAUAGCACCCGCAUGAGCCAGACAGUCCAGUGGAUGUUAGUGGCUGUGUCCUGGGCUUGUGCCUUCACCAAUGCACUGACCCACACUGUUGCCCUAACUACCCUCAACUUCUGUGGCCCCAGUGAGGUCAAUCACUUCUACUGUGACCUCCCACAGCUCUUCCAGCUCUCCUGCUCCAGCACCCAGCUCAAUGAGCUGCUGCUCUUUGGUUUGGGUUUUAUUAUGGCAGGUGCACCUUUGGUUCUCAUCAUCACCUCCUACAUCCAUGUGGCAGCUGCAGUUCUACAAAUCCGUUCAGCAGGGGGCAGGAAGAAAGCCUUCUCCACGUGCGGCUCCCACCUCACUAUGGUUUGCCUCUUCUAUGGGACUGGUAUCUUUAGCUACAUGCGUCUAGGUUCAGAGGAAGCUUCGGACAAGGAUAAAGGGGUUGGGGUUUUCAACACAGUUAUCAACCCCCUGCUGAACCCUCUUAUCUACAGCCUUAGAAACCCUGAUGUUCAGCGCGCCCUGUGGCGGGUACUUAUGGGGAGGUGGUCACUGGCCUGA